UUAUGGAAGCAAUCAUUUAAUCAUUGACCAUGUUUGGAGUCGUUUCCAUUCUUUUAGUAAUUUCUGAAUAGUCUGCUAUUGAAAUAUCAGUAUUUUUAAAUUUAAUUUUUACCUAUUGAAAUGGAAAGUAUAAAAGAAUUGUCCAAUAUGCUUGAGGUUUAUGUAUGCACUUCAUUGUCAGAGCCAGAAAUAAAUCCUCGUAGAUAUAGAAGAGGAAUGACUGUGAGCGAACUUAAAAAUAAAUUAGAAAUGGUAACUGGUCGAUCAGCUAAUUCAAUGAAUUUGUCAGCUUAUGACAAAGAUAAAUUUGUCGCAAAGCUAGAUGAUGAUGACUCUCAGAUUGGCUCAUAUUCAAUUGAAAAUGGUAUGCAAUUAUUAGUUGAAGAUCCUACCUUUCAGAAUUUAGAUCAGGAUUCUAUAGAUGGCUAUAAAAUGACGGAAGAAGAAUAUGAUGCAAAACAGGAAACAUUAAAAAGUUUUUUAAAGAACAACAAACUAGGUAAAUAUAAUCCAGAGUAUAUACAACAGCGUAAACAAGAAGCUCUUGAAAAAGAAAAAUUAGAAAAUGCUGAAAAACAAUUGAUUGAUAAUAUGAAAAUUGGUCAAAGAUGUUGUAUAAAAUUACCUAAUAAACCCAUUCAGCGGGGUACAGUCAUGUAUCUAGGUCAAAUAGAAGAAAAGAGUGGAUAUUGGGUAGGAGUUAAAUAUGAUGAACCUUAUGGUAAACAUGAUGGUUCUAUAAAUGGAAAGAGGUAUUUCGAAACUCUUCCCAAAUAUGCAUCAUUUGUCACACCAUCUGCAGUUGAAGUGGGAGAUUUUCCAGUUAUAGAUGAUGAACUUUAAAUUUUAAUCCUUGUCCUUACUAUUAUUACUGAAAAGAGUUUGUUUACUUUAAUAAUUUUUAUAAUUAUAUUAUGAUGAAUGUAUAAUUUUGUGUGUGGCAAUAAUGAUAGGAGGACACAAUAUAUUAAUUCAUAAUUCAUGGUCCUUAAGGACCAUAAAAAGCAAAAAAAAAAAUAGGAUAUUUAUUUUUCUUUUAGAGAAAUUAGUCUUUUAAAAGUUGUAUAUCAAUUAUUUUACUAUAAAAAUAGUGUAUAUAUAUAUAAUUUUUGUAAACUACACUUGUAUUAUAAUAUUUAAUGUAUUAUAUAUUAGAGCUUAUGUUAAUUGUGUUAAUC